CUCUCUCGAACUUUUACGAAGGAUCAGUUUGAGAUCUCCCAUAAUUCUUCUUCUUACCCAAAAACCCUCCACUUUGUUGCAAGUUUUAUCGAUCGCUGAUCUCUUAACCCAAAUCAAUCUUUAAGUAUUUCUGUUUUUAAUUCAUCGUUUCCAGUUGUUUUCAUUGAAUAUUCUGAAGAUCUAAGUAGCCAUGUCUUAUGCUUACCUCUUCAAGUACAUCAUCAUUGGAGAUACUGGGGUCGGAAAAUCAUGCCUACUUCUGCAGUUCACAGAUAAACGUUUUCAACCCGUUCAUGAUUUAACCAUUGGUGUUGAAUUUGGGGCCAGGAUGAUCACGAUCGACAACAAACCAAUAAAACUUCAGAUCUGGGACACGGCGGGUCAAGAGUCAUUCAGAUCUAUAACACGAUCCUACUACCGAGGCGCUGCUGGUGCACUGCUGGUUUAUGACAUCACCAGGAGGGAAACAUUUAAUCACCUUGCUAGCUGGUUAGAGGAUGCGAGACAGCAUGCAAAUGCAAACAUGACUAUUAUGCUUAUCGGUAACAAGUGUGAUCUUGCACACAGAAGAGCUGUUAGCACAGAAGAAGGAGAACAGUUUGCAAAGGAACAUGGUUUAAUAUUCAUGGAAGCUUCUGCAAAAACUGCGCAGAAUGUCGAGGAGGCGUUCAUAAAAACAGCUGGAACAAUCUAUAAGAAGAUUCAGGAUGGGGUUUUUGAUGUAUCAAAUGAGUCUUAUGGAAUCAAAGUUGGAUAUGGUGGCAUUCCUGGGCCUUCCGGUGGAAGAGACGGGUCAAGUUCUCAAGCAGGCGGUUGUUGCAGUUAAAACAUAUUUUCUUAUUUUGUCGUGGCUACACGAGUAAAUCUUUUCUGAUUGAUCCGAUUGUAAAAAAUUAUGGAUGUUGGUAAAUAUAUGUGUUCGGGUCUUUUCGUAAUUGUUUUUAAGUAUGUAUGUUAUGAUGGGUUUGUUUUAUUGCACUAGUUCUUCUAAAUAUGCACAAGUGUGGGAUUGUUUUUCAGAAACUUAUAAAUUCAAGAGUAAACUGCCA